UUGUCUUUCCACCUGUCUCUCUCUGUCUUCCCCUCUUGGUUCUUUUUGGGGUAAGUCAUCAAGCUUUCAUUUUUUUUUUCUCGGCAGCGCAAUAUUCUGCUUUUGCCUAGUCAAGCCUUGCCUCUCUCUCCUCAGAAGGUUGUUUAGGAUCAUAACUACGGAAUUUAGCUUUACUCGCAUUUAUGCCCCUUCUGCAUGUGAAACCCUUUAAUAGGUGCAGGAACCUAUUCAGGAGUGUCCGAACUCGUUCUCAUGCGAUAGUUGCUUUCCCUAAUUAAUGCUCUUCAAUCGACCGGUUGCCUUUAAUUAGCCCGUCUGGAUUGAACACAGAGCUAGAGGACAAGGUUGGUGAGCCUUCGCCACAGAAUUGUUGCUCUGCUGCGUCAAUUGGAUUUGCAGCAAUUAGGAUCUGCAGCUUCACCGUCUGUCUGCCCGCUUUUGGAGCUUUCCAUGGAGACCGAUAAUGGUGACCCCAGGUCCAAGAUGGAAGACUAUGAAGUGAUUGAGCAAAUUGGCAGAGGGGCAUUCGGCUCCGCUUACCUUGUUCUCCAUAACUCUGAGAAUAAGAAGUAUGUGUUGAAGAAGAUUCGCUUGACCAAGCAAACCGAGAAAUUCAAGCGAACAGCGCACCAAGAGAUGAACCUGAUUGCAAAACUAAAUAACCCAUAUAUUGUGGAGUACAAAGAUGCUUGGGUAGAGAAGGGGGAGUAUAUAUGCAUUGUAACUGGCUAUUGUGAAGGAGGUGACAUGGCUGAGAACAUAAAGAAAGCUCGGGGAUCAUUUUUUCCUGAGGAGAAGGUCUGCAAAUGGCUCACUCAGUUGCUGAUAGCUGUGGACUACUUGCACUCUAAUCGUGUGCUCCAUAGAGAUCUUAAGUGUUCCAACAUAUUUCUCACCAAAGAUAACGACAUUCGUCUUGGUGACUUUGGUCUGGCAAAGCUGCUUAACACGGAAGACCUUGCUUCCUCGGUUGUUGGAACUCCGAACUAUAUGUGUCCUGAGCUACUUGCAGAUAUACCCUAUGGUUAUAAAUCUGAUAUAUGGUCACUUGGAUGCUGCAUGUUUGAAAUUGCAGCACAUCAACCAGCAUUUCGUGCUCCUGAUAUGGCUGGGCUUAUCAAUAAAAUAAAUAGGUCCUCCAUUUCUCCAUUGCCUAUUGUUUAUUCUUCCACCUUGAAACAACUCAUAAAGAGCAUGCUCAGGAAAAACCCUGAACAUAGACCGACAGCAGCUGAGUUGUUAAGGCACCCUCUUUUACAACCAUAUGUUCUCCGAUGUCGUAAUGCAUCAUCUAAUGUUCUUCCAGUGUAUCCCAUAGUCAAUUCAAAGGAUAAAACAAAGAGGUCUUAUAAAUCUGGUGGCAGAAAAGAACGUAAGGACAAAGAAUUGGGAUUACAAAAUCUUUUGAUUAGGAUUCAUCCAUUUCAGGGAAAUGAAGAUAUGCCUAAGAACGGCAAGCAAUCAGUCUCAAGCAGUGCAGAAGACAUCCUUCAGACCAAGCUGGUUGAUCCUACCAGCUUCAUAACUGAAUCAUCUACUAGUAUCAGUGGCUCGAAGGAUGGAUCAACAACAUCUGAAUCAACCAUUUGCAGCAUGGGCAAGGAAGCAGACUAUAAAAGCAUACCUACAAGGGAGACAACUGACAAUGAAAUUACGUCAGAGGGUAUCCCAGUUCCUAAGCAUGAAGAACAAGUAGUUGCUGCUGAACAACGAAAAUCAGAAGGGGUUGACAUGAUUGCAGGGACCACGGAAGUUGAGGAUGCUUUUCCUAAUGGAGAUUACGAUAAAGCUGAAGUGCGGAGAGAUGUCAAUCUUGAGGACUUCAGGAAAUCAACAGCUUCAAGCGAAGGAAGCACUGAUAAAGGUGGGUCUCUUGAUGAGGAAUUGUCACCACCAGCGUUGCAGCCUAGCAGUAAGGUUGAAGAUGACCCUGAAUCGGGAGGAGUCUACUUACAGAAGAGGGAAGGCCCAGAUGCAUUUACAGAAGGCUCCCAUAUGUGCUUAUCUUCUGAGACUAAUGAUACCGUGGCAGCUAAUGAUGAAGGCGGAGAAAAGCCACACGACCUGAGUUGCUCCAGGCAUAAAGAAAAUGAUAGUGCUUGUGUGGUUGAUCAGACACCAAGUGACAAUUCAUUGAGUACAAUUACUGCAAGAGGGGGUGAUGAAGCCAAGAGCGAGUUGGAUAGUUCCUGCCAGGAAAGAGCUCAUGCUCUAGAGACCCUACUUGAAUUAUGUGCUGAGCUACUCAAGCAAGACAAACUCGAAGAGCUUGCCGGCGUGCUGAGACCAUUUGGGCCGGAAGCCGUCUCUUCCAGAGAGACGGCAAUAUGGUUGACAAAGAGCCUCAUGUCUGCACAAAAACUCAAUCCUGAAACCUAAUUCGUGAGAGGUGAUCUUCAUUAAUUAAUUUAUACAUUAAUGUAAGAGAUGUGUAUUUUCGGAUGUAACACGAGGUUUUUUUUCCC